AUGGAGAAAAAUGCUACAUCACAGCAAAAUGAUGAGCUGGAACUGGAGAAACAGGCCAGAAAGGUACUGGAGGUCAAGCUGGGCUUGGCCCAUCUUCAGGUGGAGCAAGGCAAGGUGUUGCAGGCAGAAAUGAAUUUUGCUCUAGAGCAGGCACGGAUCAAGUACCAGGAGGUACAGGAAAAGUGUGAACAGGAGGCCUCCAGCCAGCAUGAGUUCAUCCACAUACUCUCCCAGAAGCUGGUUAAGACAGUGCAAGAGGCCCUGCAGGAGCAGUGGGAAGUGUGGCAAAAUGAGCGCACAUUACUCUGCCAACAGUUGCAGGAGGCACAGAAAAAUGCAGAGAUGGAAGCACAGGCAGUGAUGAAUGUCCAGGAUUGCUUAAAUGACACACUGGAUGUUAUGUCAGCAGACGACAACGAGAACAUGCAGAUGGUGAUGGAGAGAAGAAAGCACUUAGUGUGUAAAUAUAAACAACUGAAGGAGUGCAAGAAAACAGGAAGAGAAAUUGCUCUGUGGCAACUACAGCAGGAAGUGGCUGACAUUCAGAAAAAAUUGUUGAUGUGUGAGACAGCACUUGAAGAAAAAACAACCCAUUGCAUCGAUCUGCAAGGAGAGAAACUAUGCGUGCAGAUCGACAAGGCUGAGCUACAGCAAAAGCUGCAGGAGAAGGAGGAUGAAAAUAUGCAAUUGAAGCUUUGCCUGGACAUCUUGAGGUGCACCAUAGAAGACAAGGAUCAUGAGAUUGUAGCUUCCUCAACAAAACUGCAGGAGUCCCUGCCAACUGCAGCACUCUUGGACAGAACUAUCAAGCAGCUGGAGGAAUCUGGAGAGCAGACAAAGAUGCAGACUGCAACAUUGGAGGAGCUGGCCAAACAGCAGAGCAGUAGAAUCACCAUGCUAGAGAAAGAGGCUGAGGAGUCUGCGAUGGUCAGGAAGGACUUGGAGGAACAGCUUAAUCAAGAGAUGCAGAAUCGGAAUGUGCUGUUCCUAAAUGGACAAGCACAACUAAAAGAAAUGGAGGCAGUGUUGUAUGAGAGGCAGAAGGUCAGCGAGACUAAAGCUCAGCAAGAGGCCCUUCAGGAUCAGAUAGAGCUGAUGCAAAAUGAGCAGCAGAUGCUACAUCAGCAGCUGGAGGAGUCCCAGAGAAAUGCAGAGAUGAAAGAGCAGGCACUGAGGGACAUGCAGUAUUCCUUAAGAGAGACGCUGGCUGGAAUGGAGGCACACAAUGAGAAGAAGGAGCAUGAGAUCAUAGCCUAUUCCCAGAAGUUGCAGGAAGUUCUGACAACUUCCAUGGACAUGAACAAGACCAUCGCAGAACUUGAGGAGUCUGUGCUGAAGAUGGAGAUGAAGAACAGUAGACUGGAGGAGGCACAACUGCAGGAAAUGGAGGCAGCACUGCUGAAAGAGAAAGAGAGGGUCAGCAAGUCUAGCUCUCAGCAAGAGGCCCUUCAGGGUCAGAUAGAACUGAUGCAACAUGAGCGGCAGAUGCUCCAUCAGCAGCUGGAGGUGGCCCAGAAAAAUGCAGAACUGAAAGAACAGGAACUAAAGGACUUGCAGGACACCUUAAAUGACAAUCAGGCUAAACUGUCAAAUUGUGAGGCAUUGCUCAAAGACAAUGCUGACCACUGUAAAGAACUCAAAGAGGACAAUCUAUGCAUGCAGAAGGAUAAAGAAAAGCUCCAUGUAAUGCUGCAGGAGACUGAGGACAAGUAUGCCCAAUCAGAGUGUUUCAACUAUAGUCUGAAGGCUGCCCUUGAUGACAAGGUGCAUAAGAUCAAUACAUAUUCCCAGAAGCUGCAGGAGAACCUAGUAACAUCUGCAAGCCUGGAGAGGAUCAUAAAGCAGCUUGAAGAGUCUGUGCAGCUGAAGAACCUUGAUAAUACCAGACUGGAGGAGGCAGCUAACCUGCAGAUCAACAGAGCUGCCAUGCUACAGAAGGAGGCUGAAGAGGCUGCCAUAGCGAAGAAGGAUUUAGAGGAACAUCUGAAUCAAGAGCUGCAGAAACAAAAUGUACUAGUCCUAAAUGCAGAGGCACAGUUGAAGGAAAUUGAGGCAGUGAUGUUGUAUGAGAGGGAGAAAUCUAGCAAGGCUAACAUUCAGCAAAAGGUCCUUCAGGAUCAGAUACAGCUAAUGCAACAUGAGCAGCAGAUUCUCCAUCAACAGCUGGAGGAGGCCCAGAAAAACGCAGAACUGAAAGAACAUGAAAUGAAGGACUUGUGGGACACUUUAAAUGACAAUCAGGGUAAAAUACAGGCAUACAAUGAGAGAACAAUACACAUGGUAGAGGAGAGAUGCAAAGAGUUAACCUCUAAAAAUGCACAUCUCCAGGAGCUCCUAGAUUGCAAGGAAGCUGAGAGAGAGAACACUCUGCAGCAAGUACAACAGGAACUAGCUGACAGCCAAACUAAACUGUCAAAUUGUGAGGAACUGCUGAAAGACAAUGCUCUCCUCUAUAGAAAUCUCAAGGAAGAAAAUGUAUGCUUGCAGAUGGAUAUGGAAAAGCUCAAGGUAAUACUACAGGAGACUGAGGACAGGUAUGUCCAAUCAGAACACUGCAACUAUACCCUGAAGAGUGCCCUAGGUGAAAAGGAGCAAAACAUCCUAGCCUAUUCCCAGAAGCUACAGGAGGACCUGGCAACAUCCACUAGCAUGGAAAACACCAUCAAACAGCUGCAAGAGGUGGCUGAGCAGCAGAACAGCAGAAUCACCAUGCUACAGAAGGAGGCUGAGAAGGUUGUAAUGAUGAAGAAAGAUUUGGAAGAAAAACUGACUCUAGAGGUGCAGAAGCAAAAUGUGCUAUUCCUAAAGGCACAGGCACAGGUGAAAGAAAUGGAGGCCAUGCUGUUGUAUGAGAGGCAGAAGAUCAGUAAGGCUAACGCUCAGCAAGAAGCCUUUCAGAAUCAUAUAGAGCUGAUGCAAAGUGAACGCACAAUGCUCCAUCAGCAAUUGAAGGAGGCCCAGGAAAACACAGAGCUGAAAGGGCAGGCAUUGAGGGACAUGCAGAGCCGCUUAAACAACUCUCUGACUAAAAUGAAAGGUUAUGAGGAGAGGACACAAAUGUUAGAAGAGAGGAGCACAGAGUUAGCCUCUAAAAAUGCAGAUCUCCAGGAGCUGCUCAGUUGUAGAGAAGCAGACAGAGAGAGCACUCUUUCUCAGAUGCAGCAGGAACUGUCUGACAGCCAAUCCAAACUGUCAAUUUGUCAGGCAUCACUAAAAGACAGCAAUUACCAGUGUUGUGAGCUUGCAGAGGAAAAAGUACGUAUUCAGAUGGAUAUGAACAAACUUGAACAAAGACUGCAGGAAAGCCAGGACAAGUUUACCCAUUUAGAGGACCGUUUUCACAAUCUGACAUUCACCUUGAGUGACAAGGAGCAAGAGGUCAUCACUUCCUCCCAGAAACUACAUGAGGUCCUCUCAGCCAAUGCUGAAAUGGAGAAGACGGUCAAGCAGCUGGAGGAGUCUGUGAUCCAACUGGAAGGUGAAAAGUCAAGAAUGGAGGCUUUAGUUGAAGAACAGAAGAACAGAAUUACACAGCUGCAGAGCAUGCUAGAGAAAACCACAAUGGUCAAGAAAGAUUCUGAUGAACAGAUCAGUCAGGAUUUGCAGAAGAAAAGACUGCUGACACCAAAUGCUCAUAUCCAACAGAGGGAGAGGGAGUUGUUGGACAUGGAGGAAGAGGCUACCAAAAGUAAGCUUCUGCAAGAUGCCCUGCAGCGGCUGGGGGAGGUGAAAGAAGCAACGAUGCUCCGACAACAGUUGGAUGAGGCCACAAAAAGAGCACAAGAUAAAGAACAGGAGCUAGUGGACAUGCAGGUUCACUUCAGUAACCUGAAAAGGCAAUCUGAUAAUGCAGAGACAUUACAGGUGGUGGAAGAGGACAGGAGGGAGCUGGUCACCAGAAAUGUUGAUCUCCAGAAGCUGCUGGAGUGUGACACAAGUGUGAGAGAGAGAGUACUACUGCAGGAAUUAGCUGACAUGCAGGAGAAACUCUGGUUGUGUGAGGAAUCACUUGAAAUUCUGAGUCGGCACUGCAGCAAUGUCAAGGAGGAAAAAUUUUAUAUGCAGAUGGAUAUGAAAACUCUUGAAAGACUGCUCCAUGAAAGUGAGGAUCAGUGCAUCAAAUCAGAAAGUAGCAUUCACAAAUUGAAGACUGCACUGGACAAUAAGGUUUGUGAGGUUACUUCCAUCUCCAAAAAUCUGCAAAAGUUCCUGUCAGCUGCUAGGAGCAUGGAAGAAUCCAUCAUGCGACUGGAGACUGAAAAUGCUAAACUGGAGGCCAGAGCCAAAUGGCAGACUGACAGAAUUACUGUGUUGCAGCAUGAGGCUGACAAGCUCACAAUGGAGAAGAGAACCUUAGAGGAGGCAAUCAAUCUGGAGAUACAGAAGCACAGCUCUGUGUCCCGUAGUGAGCUGCAGCUCACGCAGCUCCAUAAAGAGGAUACAAUCAGCAGAAUAACGUCUAGGGUGGAUGAGCACUCUCAGCAGCUGAAGAAGAUGGUGAAGUGCUGUAGGCUGGAGGAUGAAGACAGAAAUCUUGCUGGGAAGCUCCACUGCCUCCAGAGCAUCAGUGAGAGCUACAGGCAGAUGAAGGGCAGAGCGGCAUUCAUGGGGGAGGAGUUGGCAAGCUUACAGCAGCAGAUGGACACCCUGAUGCAAUCAAGAGAACUUACCCCACAUGGUAAGUAUGUAAACCCCUUCCACGAGAUCCAUGAUAUGUCCUAG